CCGAGUGGUUUUACCUUGCUCAGUGCAAGAGUAUCAAGUUGGGCAACUUUAUUCUGUGGCAGAAGCUAGCAAAAAUGAAACAGGAGGUGGUGAAGGAAUUCAAGUCUUAAAAAAUGAGCCUUAUGAAAAAGAUGGCGAGAAGGGACAAUAUACUCACAAAAUCUAUCAUUUAAAGAGUAAAGUUCCUGGGUUUGUAAGGAUGAUUGCUCCAGAAGGCUCCCUAGUGUUCCACGAGAAGGCUUGGAACGCGUAUCCCUACUGUAGAACAAUUGUGACAAAUGAAUACAUGAAAGAUGACUUCUUCAUAAAAAUUGAGACCUGGCAUAAACCAGAUUUGGGGACAUCAGAGAACGUGCACAAUUUAGAUCCAAACACAUGGAAGAGUGUUGAAGUUGUCCAUAUUGACAUUGCAGAUAGAACUCAAGUAGAACCAGGACAAGGAAUCAUUUUGCUGCCCCUUGUUCUUUCAGACGUUCCAUAUGACCUUAGAGCUGAACUGGCAG